AUACUAGCCCCCUAUAUUUGAACCCUGGCUCUGCCCCUCUUGUGAGGCAAUAUGGUGAUUGUUUAGGUGCAUUUUUUUAUGAAGGUUGCAGGUGUAGGCUUGGCUAGCAAUCAAGUGACUGUCUUUGAAAGCAUAUAUCCACUUGUCUUGCAAAAAUGAGGCAGAAAACAGCAUCUGUAUUGAAAUUCAUGAAACAUGAUAUCUGUAGACAUAAGAUUUUGAUAACUACCUUGCACAUUUCUUUCUUUAUGUCCUGUCUAGGUAUAUUGAACUAACCAUAUUUCUAAAUUCAAGUUAAAAUUCAAAUGCACUGCCUAUUGCUUUGGUGCUCAUUAAAUUCUCAAAGUCCAUUCAGGUCUAAGAGUAAUUUGCCUAUUUUGUGCAGCAAGUUCUUCUAAUAUGUACACUAAAACCUUUACUGGAAUUGACGGAGCUGGUAAACGACUGGCGGAUGAAGUCAUGCAGGUUGUGAAAAGAACAGAAAGCCUAAAACGGAUAUCUUUCUUGGCUCAUUCUCUUGGUGGAUUAUUUGCAAGAUAUGCAGUUGCUGUUUUGUUUGUGCCCAACGUCUCUUGUAUGCUAGCCAGCUCCACUGAUACAAACUUAAAAAUGUUGUUCUCUUCAAAUAGAGGUUUGAUUGCUGGGUUGGAACCAAUUAAUUUUAUUACCUUGGCAACACCUCAUCUUGGAGUGAGAGGAAAGAAGCAGCUUCCAUUUCUUCUUGGUGUGCCUAUCUUCGAGAAACUUGCUGCACCGAUUGCCCCCUUUAUAACCGGACGAACUGGCAGUCAGCUCUUCCUCACUGAUGGCAAACCCAACAAACCACCUCUCUUAUUGCGAAUGGCGACAGAUUGUGAAGAUGGAAAUUUUAUAUCUGCACUAGGCACUUUCAGAUAUCGGGUUCUCUAUGCAAAUGUCUCUUAU